AUGAGCGAAGCGCGGGGGGCGACAGUGCCGCUCUCUUUGCGUCUUGUAGCGAGCGUGAAACCCGCGAAAGUGUUUCACGAGUAUGUCCAGCAGGACAAGCAGGUCACAAGCGCGGACUAUGACGACCGCGGCGAGCUGUGUGUGACGGCGUCGGACGACGAGACGAUCCAGCUGUACAACUGCCGCACGGGAAAGUACGUGCACCGCGCGGCUAACAACAGGCAUGCAAGGACGUUGUACAGCAAGAAAUACGGCGUGCACCUUGCGCGUUUUACGCACCGUGCGUCGGCGAUUGUGUAUGCAUCGACAAAAGAAGAUGACACGAUUCGGUACCACUCCUUGCACGAUAAUAAGUACCUGCAGUACUUUCGUGGUCACAAGCGGCGUGUGAUUUCGCUGGAGAUGUCGCCGGUCGACGACACGUUCCUCAGCGGCGCUGUCGACGACGCCGUGCGUCUCUGGGAUUUGCGCAGUCCCUCGGCGCAGGGCAAUCUGCACGUACAGGGCCACCCUGUCGUGGCAUACGAUCCUUCCGGUGCCGUCUUUGCAGUGGCGCUCAACGAGCGCGCUGCGGUGCUGCUGUACGACUUGCGCAAGUUUGACCAGAGCCCCUUUCUGACAUGCAAGAUCGACGAUACCGACGCACUUUCGAAAGUGUCGAUGCCACCGCGUAUUCCUGUGCUUACACACCUGAGCUUCAACAACUCGGGCGAGCUGAUUCUGGCUGGGACAAGCGGAGACGUGCACUACAUUAUUGACUCCUUCUCUGGAAAUCUUGCUUGGCGGCUUGUCGGGCAUGUGGGGCUCGAGCGCGCGCCGGGCCACUCGAUUGGCAUGAUCCCGCAAGCUGGAAUCAGCGGCGAGGAGCUUUCAUGGACCCCCGAUGGGCGCAUGGUGAUUGCAGGUACGUAUUCUUCAGCGCUCACAAUAGCGUCCGCUACGGGCCAGCUAUGUGUAUGGCAUAUCCCUGAAAAACCGCCCAGUGCGCCGGUCACGCUAAAGCCAAGCGCGAUGCUGAACGGACAUGAAGGCGUCGCGCGGGUUGUCGCGUUCAAUCCACGGUGCGCACAGCUCGCCACCGCCGGCGCACAGCUCGCGCUCUGGCUGCCAGACCCGGAGGCGAUGCAGGACUAG